AUGACGACGAUGCUCCCGUCCAGAGGCAUUGCCCUCGUCGGCGCCCCGGACGGCGACAUCGGAGACCGACCGCCGCCGGUGCAGGCCAUGCAGGUGGAAAUGACACAGGACAUUGUCGACGAGCUCCUCGAGAGCAUGCGGAGCGGGAAACCGCCGCAGAUACUCUUCGGCCGGACUCCUCAACUGAAAUACGGCGACAAGACCCACGUGCUGCAGAGCAGUCCCGAGACGCACACAUACGAACUGUACAAACCCAGCGGGACUGGCAGUGACGAUGCCCUAGAAUUCGCCGCCGUGAUCAACCACAACCUCAUCGUACAGGAGGCAGCAGACGUGACUGCAGGCGUCGACUCGGCGCUGGCCACUCUCAAGAGUAGCAUGGCUGCGAUUUCAGAGUUCAAGGAAGCCAACAAGACUAUCGUCGGCGAUGCCACUCCUGUCCGCACUCCUGGCCACCGCCGGUACCCUUCGACAGGGUUCAAACCCGUGCACCUUGCUCCCUCCAAGGUCGGCUCACCGCUACCGAGCAUGCCUGCUUCCCCCAUGCACAAGCGUCCUCCCACGUCUCAGCCGAGCGGUACUCACGAGGCUGUUGUUGCGGCUCUCCGCGUGCCCGUCAUUCAUCUCCUCGCCCGCGAGCCUGCUUCCGAGGCUUCCCUUGCCAAGACAUGUCGCACAUGUACUGCCACCCUGAAGGAGCUCCUCCCCAAAAUUGCCAAACGAUCGACACAAGACUCGGACAAGUGGCAGCUGACUGACAAGUCGUUUCGUGACAUCAACCCCUACAGGUUUCCCUACUCGACGUCGGAGGAGCGUGACCAGGCCAUCGAGGGUGCAAUCAAGUCGUUUGAUCGCCUUCGAUUGGCAAAGGAAGACAAGCUUUGGCAGAUCCUGCUGCCACGUGAACAGCGAGGACAAGGCAUAUGCUUGUCGCGCUCAAAGGUCAAGGCUCUGGAGGCCAAACCAAAAGCCUCGACUCCCUUGCACAAGAUGUCGGAUUUCACGAAGAAAAAGCCUGCUGCGAAGAAGGUCGAUGACAAGCCCACGGAGAGGAAGGUCGAUGGCGAGAAGAAAUUUAAGCAAGUCAAGGAGAAGGAGCUCAAGCCGCCGAAGGAGGGUGCUGCAAGCAAGCUGAGCAAAGCGGCGAAAGACAAGCUACUGGGCGCAGACAAGCCAGCUACAAAGGAGGUGAAGGACGAUAUUGCAAAGGCGACCACGCCCACUCCGGUUCCAGCCUUCACUUCCGACAUCAAAGCUGCCCCUCGCCCAACUCCACCCACCGAGGCUUCCAAAGUCCGUACCAAGAAGGUCUACGCGUCUCAAGUCAAUUCUUCUAACUCGACACCACGCGCAAAGCCCAAGAUGGCCGUACCGCGCGACUCGUACCAACAUCGGCCUGUCAAGCCUAUAUAUAACACCAAACCCAAGAACCCUUCUCCUCUUUCGGCUUCACCCCCAGUCAACGCCAGCGACUUCGAGGAUAGCCACCCAGUCCAUAAGGCUCUCGCGGCAGCAGCUUCGCCUGUCAAGUCAUCGUACGGCAACUCCGACCGAUCGCUGAAGCGCAAGGCAAACGAUAUUGACAGCGACGUUCACAACCACAACCUCGCCGUGAAGAAGCCCAAUGCCGAACGCGCAACACCCAACCAUACCCCUUCACAUGCCAACGGCAGGUUCAACGGCUCUACUCCUUCGAGCAACGGCUCUCUCAAGCGCAAGUCUGACGACUCCUCCACAUCUAACACACCUAUCACCGCUCCUAAGGUCCGCAAAGUCACCAGCAUCAAUGUCGGUCUUGCCUCCCGCUACAACAACAAAUCUCACCCUUCCCCCGGCGACUCAUCAUCUUCGACCACAUCACCUACCAUCCCAAACCUGAGUUUCCGCCAGACAGUCGAGCUGUCUCAAAAGUUCCAAAAGUAUUACACCAAGUACGAAGAGUUAUAUUGGAGGUUGACCGAGGCCGCGUCUCCGCCAACCGAAGCACAGAGAAACGAUCUACUCAAGAUGCACAAGAAGCUUGAAGAGAUGAAGAGGGAGAUCAAGGCCGGCGCUAGGGUGCAGCGCUGA